AGUCCCGCUUCCUGUGACCUUGGGGGCUUUAACAGGACAGGGCCCAGGGGGCCCCCGUGCACUACCUCUUUCCCCAUGCCUUUUCUCUUAAUCGCUCCUCCUCUGUCGCUUCUUCCCCGCCCUCUACUGCCCUAAACUGCUUCCUGGGCCGGAAACUGUUUGGCUUUUUCCUGCCCCAGUGAGGGUUGGAGGGGGCGGGAGUUGUCGCAGCCCUUAACUUUCGGGGAACAUGGAGCCCAGGAAGGCGGUGCCUGGGGUGCAUAGCUGCGGGCCUCGGGUGGCCGCGGGGUCAGGGACGGCUGCGGAGCUCGUGUACCAUCUAGCGGGGGCCCUGGGCACGGAGCUGAAGGAGCUGGCGCGCCGCUUCGGGCCGGAGGCGGCGGCCAGGCUGGUGCCGCUCGUGGUGCGGGCGCUGGAGCUCCUGGAAAAGGCUGCGGUGGGGCCGGACCCAGACUCACUGCAGGUGUCCGCGCAGCAGGCCGAAGCGGAGCUGCGGCGGCUGCGGGAGGAGAACGAGCGCCUCCGCAGGGAGCUGCGCUCCGGGCCACAGGAGGAGCGCGCUCUCCUGAGGCAGCUCAAGGAAGUGACCGACCGCCAGCGGGACGAGCUCCGCGCGCACAGCAGAGACCUGCAGCAGCGCAGCCAGGAGACCGAGGCGCUGCAGGAGCAGCUGCAGCGCCUCCUACUGGUGAACGCGGAGCUGCGGCACAAGCUGGCCGCGGUACAGACUCAGCUGCGCGCCGCGAGGGACCGCGAGAGGGAGCGGGAACUGCAGAGCCAGGGGGCCGUGGAGCUGGCCCGGGAUCGGGCCGCGGGCGCCGGGAACGAGCAGAGGCAGGAGCCCGAGCGGGCCACCGCAGACGCAGGAGCCCCGGAGAACCCUGAGGACCCGGCGGGUGCUCUGCAGCAGCCAGGCCACCCCUCCAAGGCAGGACAGUGCAGCUUCAGUCGAGAGGAGCUCGAGCAGAUCCUUCAGGAGCGGAAUGAGCUCAAAGCCAAUGUGUUCCUGCUGAAGGAGGAGUUGGCCUACUUCCAGCGGGAGCUGCUCACAGACCACCGGGUUCCUGGGCUUCUGGUUGAGGCCAUGAAGGUGGCUGUCAAGAAGCAAAGGAAGAAGAUCAAGGCCAAGAUGUUAGGGAUCCCAGAGGAGGCAGAGAGCAGAAGACUGGACAUAGCUGGAUUCCUGUGGUCCCCCAGGGCCUUGAUGAAUGACCCCCACAUCUCCUCUCUCCUCUUCCCUGCCUCAGUGACGAUGAAGACAGCUCAUGGCUCCUGCUCUCCAGUGAUAAGGGAGCCCACCCUGCACCCACUGAGUCCAGAAUACAAAGUUUCUUUGGCCUGUCCUAUCAGGGUGAAACAGAGGCCCCCGAAGCCCAGACCAGCAGCAUGGCUCCCAGUGAGCUAGGGGGAGAAGAGGAGGCCCCACAGCAUCCCCACUUGGAGCCUGGGGGCAGCCCCACAUUCCUCAAUUCCUGACUGGCUCUGCUCUGCACCCGAUGAACAUCUUUGUCUGGGGCGGUCUCAGCUGCCCCAGAGAACUGACUUUGGAAUCUGGCUAUGGGUGGGUGUGUGGCCUCAAAUGAGGACAGGGCUCUGUCCUUCUCAGCCCUCCCCAGGCUCUUUCCCAGUCCUGGCCUAAGCUAGGUCAUGAUGAAGAGCUCAGCCUACCUUCCUUUCCUGUAUCUCUGUGCCAAGCCUCAGGGGUCAGAUAAAAUUGCUUCCUUCUGGAGUCUCAGUUUUCCCAUCCAUAUAAUGGAGAGCUGACUACCUACCUCCCAAGGGUUUGUGAGAGUGGCCUAAGGCAAUGUAAUAAAGCAGCUGCCCAUGAUACCCA